CACUAAUUGUAUUUAUUUAUUCAACCUUUCAAAACCUAUUUUUCAAAACCUUUUAAAAAUAUAUUUUUUCACCAUUUUGAAACUUUUUUUUCACACAGUGAAAAGAGAGGAGACAUUAUAAUUAUUGUUCACAAAGAAAUAACAUUGUAUAAUUAAUUCCAAAAAUAUUUUUACAUUCUCAUUUAAUUUGUUUACGAUCAACUUUUCCUGCUACCGUGUCUAUUAUUCGCGUCACCAUGGAAGCAGUCCGUUUGUGACAUGUAUUCGCCAUUUUGACACCACUUGCAGUAUAGCUACAGCAGCAAGAAGUCUCUAGCAAUCGCUUGCAAUCACUCAACAUAACAGAUGUGAAUUUCUAAAGGUUUAUGUCGUAAAGAAAACAUGCGACAUAUCAUAGAGCACUGAACAAGGUGGUGAGCAGAGCAUUCACUUAUGCCAAGAACCGAAGAAUACAUACAAAGCCUUGUUUAAUGCGUUUAAAAGAGACUUCCAGGUUUCUUGCAUGCUGAUUUUCCAGCACUGACAGCCAAAUCGAGUGUAUAGAACGUGCUUGAAAGCAUCCUCUGUCCACGAAUAGAAGAUGAGAAGCCUAAGCAACGAGCAAUACCUUUGCCCUCAUAGAAAUGGGAUUUCAUUUUUUAUUUCUCCAUUUUGACCACAUCCCAAGAAUCAAUGAUGAUAUUUGGAUUAUUACCCCAGGAGCUACACAAACAGCUCCUGGACUCUAAAAACUAUCAGAAUCGAACAAAUGGGGUGGAAGAGCUGAAACAUAUUCUUUUGGACUUGGACCUGAAGCCAAUCCCCUCGGACAAUAUUAUAGAGUUUAUCAAUUUCCUCCGCAGGCUACUGGACGACAGCAACUUUAAAGUCUUGUAUGGGACUUUACAGGUCAUAAACCUUCUUAUUAAGAAAUUGGAUUACAAUGUAGAAAAGUAUUCCAAGCAUAUAGCUUGUGCGGCACUGAAAACCCUUGGAGAUACUCGCACUGUCACCAGGAAUGAGUAUAUGAAUGUAUUUCUCCAGUUGAUGAGAAGUGUUGGACCACAAAAAGUGUUGGACCUUGUUCUGGGACACUUGAGGCAUAAGAACUCCAGAGUCAGAGAAGAUGUCAUCAAUAUCAUCACGGCUGCUAUGCUCACCCACCCCAGAAAGGAGUUCAAUAUCCCCAGUCUUUGUUUUGAAGUUGCACCUUAUCUGGCAGACAGUAAAAUGAAGGUCCGUCAUGCAGCCCUCGAGCUGUUUGCUGUUUUUGACUAUUGCCUUGACCCAGGGAAGAAGCAGCCCCUGAUGAAGGCUGUGGACAGAGUUGAGCUCAGUGGAGACGUGGAGGGCCUCAUGGCCGCUGUACAUGCCAGAAGGGCCAGACACCUGCUUCCCAAGCUGUCCUCUGAAGGGAUGGUAGAAUACGGCCUUGUGGUCCCCAGGUCUGGACGACGGUCCCAGCAGUGCGGCUCGGGGGCAGACCUGGAGUGGGUGCUGAGCGGAGGGCGGGGAGGCAGUGCCCGCAGUGCCCGACAGCAGCCAGACCCUGACAGGCUGUGUGGCUACGGGAGCCUGGGCUCCCUCACAGACGACCUGCCCCUGCAGAGGAGGAUCGUCAGCGCUGGGAAGGGGAAGAACAAGCUGCCCUGGGAGAGGUCGAGUCUCCCCUACUCAGAGGACGCCCAGCCAGCGCGGGUCCUCCAGACGAACGCGGACCAGGUCAUCCGUGAAGAUGGGCUGUCCCUGUCCAGGAAGCUGAGCCCAGAGACUUAUGUCCCCAGCUUUGGUUCUGCAGAGCCCCCGUCCUCCAGGAGACGAGAGCCGCUGACCAGACUGAGGAGGAGUGGAAGCUUGGAUUCUGAUCCGGACAUUUUUAAAUCUACAAACUUCUCUGCCACAGAUGGAGUGGCCACCAGAGGCCGUCUCCUGUCGGGAAACCCUAGUGUGGAGCGAACCUUCUCGCUGCCCUCCAACCCCCCCGCCCAGGGCUCCUUCCUGCUGCCCUGCUACCCGCUGGCGUACCUCACCGCAGGGGGCCCCUCCCCCACCCCGCCCCGCAGGGUUGAGUCCUCUGUGUCCAUGUCCAACACCUGGCCCAACAAGAGGGACAGCAGCCCGCUCUGCAGAGAGCCCAGCCCUUGGACACACUCCUCAGGUGAGGCCAGCUCCAGCAGCUCUCCCCGCCCGCUGCGUGCGUCUCUGGUGAGCUCCUCUUCCAGCACUUCCUGCUUCCGCCGGGCACUGAGCAGCACACGGCUUGCUUUGCCUGUGACUCCAGCCAGUCCUGCCCAGAGAGACCCGCUCCAGCCCCAGAAUGGCCAGAUGUCCCACCCUCCCCAGCUGGGCCUGCAGGAGAGGGGCAUGCUGCAGGAGGUGUCCCAGCUGGGCCUGCAGGAGCCAGAGGAUGAGUCCCUGGACAGACAGGAGAUGCUGAACUCGUUGCGCUCCCUGCGCUGCAGCGCAGCUAAGAAGCGGGCCAAGGUGAGCGUGAGCGGCUCUGACCCAGACAGCCCUGACUCGGCCGUGAGGCUGGACCUAGGAGUGGAGUCCCCGCCCCGGGCCUCCCCCACGGGGGCCAGCCCCGCCAGCGAGAGUGGCCUCUCCAGCCUAUACUCCCCGCCCCUCUCCAGCCUCGGAGGUAGCAGGACCAGCCCUGGGAACUCUGCCUCCUCCAAGCCUCGCAUGGCCAGAGUGCCUUCUGCAAAACUGAGGUCUUCUGUGUCAAUGGACUUCAGCUGCCUUCAAGGGCCACUCAGUCCUGCUGUUGUUGCAGCCUUGCCACCCCAAGAUAGAGUCUCAGCUGCGGUCAGCGUGAUUGGUCAGAGAGUUCCAUACUCAGGAGAAGAGCCCUCCCCCCCUCCUCACAGACCCACGGGCAGAGAGCCAAUCAGAGCUUUGCGGCCUGCCAAAGGUUCCCAGAGCUUCAGCUCCAGAACCUCCCCUGCUUCUGACAUGUGUGAAGGCGUGGUUGGUCGAGGUGUGUUUGGGCCUUCAGGCGGCAGCCAGCCAGCUGUGGCUGUGACAGCAGCGCAGGGAGACCAGCUCCCCGGCCAGCUCCCUGCUGGGGUGCCCCCUGCUGGGGUGCACGGCCUGGUGGUGUCUGGGAAUCACCUGGACACAGAGGACACCAAGGAGAAGACGGGGGCCUCCAGGGACGCCCAGCCGCAGGGCCAACCUCGCCGGCAGCCUCUCCCAGGGGCCACGGAGGCCCUGGACUCAGCCCUCAGCACAGAUCUGCAGCUGAACAAUGACACGCUGGCCCCCAUCCAGACAGAUUCGUCCCCUGACUCCUCCCCCACCAGCCCUCAGGGGUCCCAGAGCCCCCCCCUCAAGCCCAGCCCCCCCGAGGCACCACCUAACCCCCUCAAGCCCAGCCCCCCCGAGGCACCACCUAACCCCCGAGCCCUGCCUCGCCUGAGAAGAGCCCCCAGCCUCAGCACUACACGCCCCUCUCUGUCACACAGCUCUGACGAGCUCUCUGCAGGCAGCGUGGGUCAGAAGAGAGAUGCAGAUCAGCAGCCACGUCCGUUCUCCAAGCCUGAGCAGGCUCUGGCCCAGAGCUUCAGACUGCUGAACCUGGAGGACUGGGAGAAGAAGAUUGAGGGUGUGGCCGUGGUGAGGAGCCUGGCGCUGUUCCAUCCUGACGUGCUGCUGGGGCGCCUCCACGACGUGUGUGUGGCCCUCAUCCAGGAAGUAAAGAACCUGCGUUCGGGAGUGUCCAGGGUGGCGGUGGGCGCGGUGGGGGAGCUGUUCUGUCAGCUGCAGCGGGGUGUGGACCAGGAGCUGGAGGGGCUGGCCCGGGCGCUGCUGCUGAAGGCCGGGGAGAGCAACGCCUUCAUCAGGCAGGACGUGGACGCUGCCCUGGACAGCAUGGUGCAGCACUGCACCCCCGCACGCUGUACCUGCGCCCUGAUCGCUGGGGGGCUGGGGCACCUGAGCGGCGUGGUGAGGAACCGCACCGCUCAUCACCUGACCAGUCUGGUGGAGAAGAUGGGGGCCACACGCAUCCUGUCUGGAGGGAAGCCGAGCGAGUCACUCACCGAGCGAGUUCUCCCAGCCAUCACCAGGCUGGCCCAGGACUCCUCUCAGGAGGCUAGGUUCUACGGCCGGCGGAUGUUGCUGUUCCUGUCGUCGCACCGAGACUUUGACAAGAUGCUGGAGAAACACAUCCCUGCCAAGGACAUGGCUGCUGUGAGAGACACCGUCUUCACUCUCAAGACCAAGGGUCUGGGAGAGAUGCCCCAGGACACGCCCUCAGCCAGGGGCCGGCGCUCGCUUCCAGGCAGUGGGACGGUCAGAGCCUCGUCUCUCACCAGGGAACCCCUGCUCACACGGGACUCCCAGUCCAGUGUGAGAGGCCAGGUCCAGAGUGUAGCAGAUAAGACGGAGUACGUGAAGAACAUCUCUGCUCUGAUGGCUUCCAAGGACUUCAGAGAGCGCAUCAAGGGCAUCGACCAGCUGGUAUCUGACUGCGAGCUUAACCCCGCCCUGGUCAUCAGCAGCAUGUUCCCAGUGUUUGAUGCCUUCAUGGCUCGUCUACAGGAGUCCAACAGUAAGGUGUGUCUGCAUGCUCUGGAGGCUCUGCCCAGGAUCUCGUCCCUGAUGAAGGAGCACCUGGGCUCGCUGGUGUACCUGCUGGUCCCGGCCGUGGUGGACAACCACCUGAACUCCAGGAACAGCUCCAUCUACAGCGCUGCCAUGGAGGCCCUCCACGCCCUCACCCUCAACCUGGACACUAGUCUUCUCCUGCAGCCGCUCUGCAGCAAGGCCCAGUUCCUCAGCGGAAAAGCCAAGGUGGAUCUUGUAGAGAAGGUUGCUGACCUGGUGGCAGAGCUGUACCCCCGCAGGCCCCAGAUGGUGGAGCAGAGAGUGCUGCCUCUGCUCUGGCACCUCCUGGGUUCAUCUGGAGGCAGCGGGAGUGUCCAGGGCCGGGGGGGCAGCAGCCUGCGGGGGGCCAGUGCCAGCCUGUGUCUCGCUCUCCACACCCACAUGGGGCCCAGCCUGGUGGACCUGGCCGCCGCUCAGCCUGCCAACAUCCACACCAGCCUGAACGAGCUGCUCCGGAGCCUUCCAUGACCCGCCCGCUUCCUACUUCAGAUCAAACACACAAACCAAACCUGGACAACAACAUUGACCUUACUUGAAGACAGAGAUGUACGACAUUUCUACUAGUGCCUGCACUUUUAUCGUUACAGAAAAUGUUACGUCCUUAAAGAUGAGAGCCCUUAAAUCAUCUCUUAUCUCUCUCAUAUAUAUGUUUUCUAAUGAAGCACCUCUCACAAAAACAGCUGUUAGCAUCAGGUCUCACCAUCACACUCCACCUGCUCUCUUUGCACUUUGAACGCGUUGCUCACCAUCAUGACAGCAUGAUGAUGCUGGAUGUAUCGUCCUAUCACUGGCACCGUUCCUUUUUGUUGAGUAAUCUCACACGUACUGUAGACCAAUCAGAGAAAACCUUGCAGAAUGUAAUGUUUAAAUGCACAAAAAAAUACGUAAACAACCUGACAGACGCUGUUUUAAUGUGAUCUGCUACUUCUAAUAUGUCUUAUCUACGCUUGUUUUUGAGAUUUGUAAGAGUGAAUAUUAGUGACGAUUCUACAAAACACAGCUACAAAGUGUAAUUGCACAGUAUUACCCUAAUGUUAUCGGUGUGCUGUACUGUAAAAUGUUACAGUAUAUAAUUUAUAUAUUGUGUAUUUUUUGACAUUUCUACUGUAUCAUGUGUUUGUGUGGUGAGUUGCUAUUGUCCUAGUUGGGUUUUUUUCUUUUGCAUGACCAAAAGGUACUGACAGGAUAAAAAAAACUAUUUAUAUUUUUUAAGACAGCUCUCCCUUUUGUUUCAGUAUAGUGCCAGUCUUCAAAGUAGCCUUUCACUAUUCUAUUGUUAAAUUAUAUUAACUUGUUUGUUAACGAGAUAACAAGACAUAUUGCUACAUAAAUAAAGUGUUUUAUUUCUGUAAACGUGUUCCCAGUAGGCUUAUUUAUAUU